GGGAGAGACCGCGAGGAAGGCGUGGUCAGUGGGGGAUCGCGUUAGCUGGGGCUCAAUCUCUGCCCUCCCGGGUGCCCGUCGCGUUUCCCUGGCUCUCACUUGGCUCCUGGCCCUGGCUGGGUGCCUCACGGCCGUCGCCGAUUCGAUCCCUCCUUUCAGCCCUGCGGCGGGUAUUAUCCUCCUCUUUCAGACAAGCGCAGGGAGUUCGAGUGACUUGGCCAAGGUCUUUCGUUAGUACAGCCUUUUGCGGAUUAGCAGGCACUUUCAUGUCUGUUCUACAAACAUCUUCAAAGUGGGGGUGAGAAAAAAGGUGCCCGUUUUUGCAGUUUUUCUUUGCCUGUCUCCCCACGUGAGAUCUUCUGUGAGGGUUUUCGUAAGAUUUGCCUCCACUUGCAGGCGACGGACGUGGCCUGUAAUAGAGGCGUCGUGCCCUUUGCUGGUUAUCUUAGUCUUUCACCUUAGAAUGGGCAAAACUCCAGGGCUAACCUUGUGAUAGAUGGUUAACUAUCAGUUUACCCACUUCUGGUAUUUUCAGGCUCUCUGAGUCCACACAGGAUGACCCUUAAGGUCCCUUCCGUAGAAAAACCUUCUCCACCGAGGUGUCCUAAGUAGGUCUCCUCUACUGUUACUGGUAUCAUUUAUCAUGGUACUUUUCAUUUCCUGAAUAACAUUUAUUUUACAACUUGAGAAUCUGUAUUUGUUUCCUUGUUACUGCCUGCCGCGUCUGCUAGAUGACAUUUUCAGAAAUGUCUUCCAGAAGUCCCAAAGAUUUAAUUAAAAGUAAAUGGGGACCAAAGCCUAGUAACUCCAAAUCAGAAGCUGCAUUAGAAAAAUUUAGGGGAGAAAUUGCAGUCUUAAAAACAUCGGUGGAUGAAAUUGCAAGUGGAAAAGGAAAGCUGACUGAUAAAGACAGACACAGACUUUUGGAGAAAAUUCGAGUCCUUGAAGCUGAGAGAGAGAAGAGUGCUUAUCGCCUCACAGAGAAGGACAAAGAAAUACAGCGACUUAGAGACGAGCUGAAAGCCAAACACAGCACUACUGCAUUGCUUGAACAGCUGGAAGAGAAAACAAAGGAAGGUGAAAGGAGGGAACAGCUGUUGAAAUCCUUGUCUGAAGAGACAGAUGUAUUGAAAAAACAGUUGUCUGCUACAACUGCAAGACUUGCUGAACUUGAAGGCAAAGCUGAUACACUUUGUUUAUCACAGACUGUGGCUACAAGUUGCUUCAAUUCAUCAAUGAGUAAUAUUCAUGAAAUGGAAAUACAGCUGAAAGAUGCUCUGGAGAAAAAUCAGCAAUGGCUUGUGUAUGAUGAGCAGCGAGAGGUCUACGUAAAAGGACUUUUAGCGAAGAUCUUUGAGUUGGAACAGAAAUUGGAAACAGCUGUUCAUGCACUCCCACAGGAGACAAAAAAGACUGAAUCAGAAGGUUAUCUUCAAGAAGAAAAGCAAAAAUAUUACAACCAUCUCUUGGCAAAUGCAAAAAACGAUCUUGAGGUGGAACGACAAACAAUACCUCAGUUGAAUUUUGAACUUAGUGAAUUUAGAAGAAAAUAUGAAGAAACCCAAAAAGAAGUGCAAGAUUUAAAUCAGCUGUUGUGUUCACAAAGAAAGGCAGAUGUACAGCAUCUCGAAAACGAUAGGCAUAAAACAGAGAAAAUACAAAGGCUCAAGGAAGAGAAUGAUCUUGCCAGGGAAAAACUUGAAGAAGAGAAGAAGAGAUCUGAAGAGCUCUUAUCUCAGGUCCAGUUUCUUUACACGACUCUGUUGAAGCAGCAAGAGGAACAGACAAGGGUAGCUCUGUUGGAACAACAGAUGCAGGCAUGUACUUUAGACUUUGAAAAUGAAAAACUUGACCGUCAAAAUAUGCAGCAUCAAUUGCAUGUAAUUCUUAAGGAGCUCCGAAAAGCAAGAAAUCAAAUAACACAGUUGGAAUCCUUGCAGCUUCAUGAGUUUGCCUUCACAGAGCCAUUAGUCACUUUCCAAGGAGAGACUGAAAACAGAGGAAAAGUUGCCUCACCAAAAAGUCCUACUGCUGCACUAAAUGAAAGCCUGGUGGAAUGUCCCAAGUGCAAUAUCCAGUAUCCAGCCACCGAACAUCGAGAUCUACUCGCCCAUGUUGAAUACUGUUCUAAGUAACAAUAUAAUUAUUCUUUGUUUUUGUGUCAAAAGAUUCAGUACUGUAUUUUACAUUAGCUUAUGGACAUUUUGAAUUACUUAUUUCACCUCAGAUCAGAAAGUGCCUAUAUACCUUUGAGACGCUGGCAUAGGAGUGAAUCAUUGUAUUAUUUUUUUUUUUGCCUGAUUUGCAUUUCCUUGGCAGUGAUACCUCCCUACAAUGGUUCAUCUUGAGGCUUUAGUGACAGAAUGUGGAGAGCAUUGAAUGCUGAGAUGACUAACAUUUUGCACUGUUGAAGUACUUGAUGGAGAAAAGAUAGUUCAGGUUAUUGCUUGUGGGUCAAAUUUGUUACACCGACAAGCAACUAUUUUAUGUUUUGUGGAUUUUUAAAAAUCAAAGGUAACUAACCAGGGAUCUUAUUGUGUUAGUAUCUUUUAAUCCAAGCACUUAUUAAGCCUACAGUUCUGAUUUUGAUGUCCAUUGUGAAAAGAUGGUGAUACUUUUUUCAUUUUUUUUUCCUUUCUAUGAUAGAGCAGUUAUUAGAAAAGUUGGGGAUUUUCCUGAUCUUUAUUGCUGCUUACUGUUGAAACUGUAAACCUACAUGUGUUCUAAGCACAAAGCAGAUUCUGUUUAAGGAAUACUCCUUAGUAGCCACACACAAUGUUUUCUGUAAUGUUAACUGGCUAUACCUUUAACUUGAAUUUCAUUAGCACCUAUGUUGGUUAGCUAAAAUUGUUAAACUGAAUUUUGACAAAACCACCUAGGCCUCUCUUUUGAUUUGCAGGUGUUUUAUUUAUUUAUGUUUGGCACUCUUAAAAGCUGGGUGAUGUGAUGAGCAGAUAUUUGCUUAUCUGAAUAUAUAUUUUUAUACAUUUUAUUUCUUCAGGUUUUCUAAAAUGCUUAACACUGGGCUACUGUUAGUAAUGUAGAGGAGAAAAGAAUAAAAUUAUAUAAUAAGUUU